UGAAUGGGCUCGGUUCCCGCCGGGCGCGGCCGGAGAAGGUUGGGCCCGCUGGGGCGGGGAGGGAGGGGCCCAGAGCCGCAGAGCUUUAGGCUUCGCCCCGGCCCCAGCCUCUCGCCAGCUCCGCGGGUCCCGGCCCAGAUGUGGAAGACUGAGGACUGUUGCAAGUACAGAGUUCAGCCCUUGUACCCUCUGCCCCCAAGAGCUCCAUGCAGGUGCCACAGGAUGGAGAAGAUUUCGCCAGCCAGCCCUGGUACCACGGCCCCCUGUCCCGUCAGAAGGCUGAGGCCCUCCUUCAGCAAGAUGGAGACUUCUUGGUUCGUGCCUCCGGGUCCCGUGGGGGCCACCCAGUGAUCUCCUGCCGCUGGCAGGGCUCAGCCCUGCACUUUGAGGUGCUCCGUGUGGCCCUGCGUCCCCGACCAGGCCGACCCACAGCCCUCUUUCAGCUGGAGGAUGAGCGUUUCCCAAGCCUGACCUCCCUGGUUCUCAGCUAUGUGACCGGGCAACGUCCGCUCUCCCAGGCCACCGGGGCUGUGGCCUCCAGGCCCGUGAUACGGCAAGGACCUAUUCGACGCAGCUUUAGUGAGGACACCCUCCGAGGCAGCCCAGCUCUGACAGAGUUGCCCAGGACUAGAAAGUGGAGUGACAGUCAGCCUGCAGGGCUGGAGCACAUGGGGCGGUCAAGAGAAGAUCACUGUGGACCAGAAGCCUCAGCCAUGCCCCUGUGUGCCCUCCCUCGGACGGGUAGUGACCCCGUGUUGCUAAAGACCCCAGCUCCCCUGGGGUCCGUUGCUGACAGCCUCAGGGCCUCCGAUGGGCAGCUUCAUGCCAAGGCACCAACCAAGCCACCUCGAACACCCUCGCUGGUGCUGCGUGAUGCGUCUGGACGCCCCCCAACGUACUGCGAGCUGGUGCCCCGAGUGCCCAGUGCCCAAGGAACACCCCCUGGCCACAGCAGCCCGGAGACAGAGGCCCCAUGGUGGGAAGCUGAAGAGGAAGAGGAGGAAGAGAGUAGAAGUUUUGCAAGACCACAGGCUGAGGUCUCUUUCUGCCCCCCUAACAACCCCUCCUGCCUGCUGGGCCCCCAGAAUCGGCCCCUGGAACCCAGAGUCCUGAGUACUCUCCGUGGCCUGUUCCUGGAGCACCAUCCUGGGAGCACUGCCCUCCACCUAUUAUUGGUGGACUGUCAGGUGGGUCACCUACCAGGUCCCUCCUCCUUAGACAGGGCUGAAGCCAGGCCAAGGCCGAACGGCACCUCAAACCCGUAUACUCAUUCUGCUCAGUUGACAUCCCCACUAACUCCUGCUGCCCAGGCUACAGGACUUCUAGGAGUGACCAAGGCUCAGCGGGGUGCCAUGGGGGUUGCCUCUGGCCUGGAGCUGCUCACGCUUCCCCAUGGGCAUCGCUUGAGGUUGGAACUUCUGGAGAGACAUGAGGCGCUGGCGCUGGCUGGGGCUCUGGCUGUGCUGGGCUGCGCAGGCCCGCUGGAGGAGCGCGCGGCCACCCUUCGGGGCCUGGUGGAGUUGGCACUGGCCCUGGGACCAGGGGCGGCGGGGGACCUGCCUGGACUGGCCGCGGUCAUGGGCGCCCUGCUCAUGCCCCAGGUGUCCCGGUUGGAACGCACGUGGCGCCAGCUCCGAAGGAGCCACACAGAGGCCGCGCUGGCCUUCGAGCAGGAGCUGAAGCCUCUGAUGCGGGCGCUGGAUGAGGGCGCCGGACCCUGCGACCCCGGCGAGGUGGCGCUGCCGCACGUGGUGCCCGCGGUGCGCCUGCUGGAGGGCGAGGAACUCCCGGGGCCGCUAGACGAAAGCUGCGAGCGGCUGCUGCGUACCCUGCACCGGGCGCGUCAGAUGGCUCAGGACGCGCCCAAGUUCCGCGAAGCGGCGGCCCGGCGCCUGCGAGGAUUCCGUCCGAACCCGCAGCUGAGGGAGGCCCUGACCACAGGCUUCGUGCAAAGGCUGCUCUGGGGAAGCCGAGGCGUGGGGGCACCGCAAGCUGCACGUCUUGAGAAGUUCCAGCGCGUCCUCAGUGUCCUUUCACAGCGCCUGGAGCCGGAUGGUUGAAAGCACAGACCCCCUUCUUCGCACGGGGACACCCAUGCAGUUGCCCCACGCUGCUCACGCAGCCAAUCGCAGUGGAAACCCAUUCUGCCUCACAGAAAGUGGGGGCCAGAUUUGCAAGAACCCAUCCUGCUCCCUAAAAGUGUACAUGAAUCCUAGCGUGAGGGACGGCCUCCUUCCCCCCCACCCACUAGAAGACCCAGGUGUCUGGAGGCUCUGGACCCCCUAUCCCAGCCCCCACCUCCCCACACGUAACCUACAAAUGGUGAACAUGAGGCUUCUGAUAGGACGAGAACUUGCAGAGCUCUUAGUCGGAAGCCAGAGUUCAAAUGCUUUUUAAAAGCUGUGUGACUUCUAGCAAAUGGCUCAGCCUCUCUGUGCCUGCCUUCAACGUAAAAGUGAGGCCGUGUACUUGCUGGGGGUUGUCAUGGGGAUUAAAGCUGGGGAUCACGGGUGGAGAACGCCUGGCACGCGGUUGGGUGUUCAACACUGCCUUUUCUCAGUAAAGCUGCCACGAACAAACACA